AUGUCACAGCCAAGACGAUGUCGGGGCACAACCGCAACAACCACAGCAGCCAAGGAGCAGCUGUCGAAGAUUCUGCUUCGUGAUUACCAGGAAGAGUGUAUCCAGUCUGUACUGGCCUCGCUCGACAGGGGCCAGAAGCGGCUCGGAGUGUCUCUCGCAACGGGCGCUGGCAAGACGGUCAUCUUCACUCAGCUCCUUGACCGCAUCCAGGCCGCCUCAGCCGAUGCGAACCAGACGCUGAUCCUGGCGCACCGACGCGAGCUCGUCGAGCAGGCUGCACGCCACUGCACGCGCGCCUAUCCAGACAAGACGGUCGAGAUCGAGAUGGGAUCCCUGCAUGCGAGCGGUGUGGCUGACAUUACCGUCGCAAGUGUACAGUCCAUCACGUCGGGACACCGCAUUGCCAAAUUCGACCCGUCGCGCUUCAAGCUCGUGCUUGUCGACGAGGCUCACCACAUUGUGGCGCCGGGGUAUAUGCGUGCCCUCGGCCACUUUGGGCUUGCCGACAAGGAGACGUGCCAGCAGCCCGGCACACCAGCUCUUGUCGGUGUCUCGGCCACCUUUUCGCGUUUCGACGGUCUGGCUCUUGGCGCCGCCAUAGACGAGAUCGUCUACCACAAGGACUAUCUCGAUAUGAUUGGUGAUGGCUGGCUGUCUAAUGUCAUCUUCACGACGGUCGAGUCGACGGCCGAUCUGUCUCGCGUGCGCAGCGGUCUUGGCAAAGACUUUCAGGCUGGAGACUUGUCGCGGGCUGUCAAUACGGAACAGGUCAACGAGAUCACAGUCCGCACGUGGCUUGCCAAGUCGGCAGCGACAGAGACGGCGCCGGCGCGGAAAUCGACGCUCGUCUUUUGUGUGGACCUCAACCACGUCGCGGACCUGACAAACACAUUUCGCAAACACGGCAUCGAUGCUCAGUUUGUGACGGGCGACACCGAUAAGAGAGAGCGUGGCAGCCGACUCGAGGCCUUCAAGCGAGGUGACUUUCCUGUGCUGGUGAAUUGUGGCGUCUUUACCGAGGGCACCGACAUGCCAGGCGUGGACUGCGUCAUUUUGGCACGGCCGACCAAGUCCCGAAACCUGCUGGUCCAGAUGAUCGGUCGCGGUAUGCGGCUCCACAAAGGCAAAACAAACUGCCAUGUCAUUGACAUGGUGUCGAGUCUGGAGACCGGUAUUGUCACGACGCCGACCCUGUUCGGCCUUGACCCUGGCGAGCUGCUGUCCGGUGCCUCGGUGGAAGAAAUGGCCGCCAUAAAAGAACAGAGAGAGGAAGAGGCUGCGCGAGAUACCGCCGCGGAUCGAGGAGGGUUUGCUCGCAGCUCGUCGGCGUCCAACGUCCCAAUCAAGAAUGUCAGUUUCACCGAGUACACUUCCGUGCUGGAUCUUAUUUCGGACACAUCAGGCGAGAGGCACAUCCGAGCAAUCAGUGAGCAUUCUUGGGUGCAGGUGGGCAAGGACCGCCAUGUGCUCUGCGGGCCAACAGGCACGUAUCUGCGCAUUGAGAGACUGGGCGGCGAGGUAGACGGUACACCGGAUGGCCUUGCUGAUCCUGACGAUAUUGAAUAUGCCAUGGCGAUGAAGCAUGGCAAGAAGGGCAGCAAGGAGGAGUGCCAGUUUCGCGUUGUCGAAGUGCGCGCUCUGCCUGCUGGAUUGUCCAAGUCACCGUUUGCUGCACCACGAGAAGUAUGUCGCGGUGUGACAUUUUCUGAUGCUGUGCAUGGCGCAGACAACUAUGCCUCCAAGAUAUUCCCUCGAGCGUUUAUCCAUCGAUACCAAAACUGGCGCAAGGGCCCUCCGACGCAAGGGCAGUUGGACUUUGUCAACAAGAUUCGGGGGAAAGGCGAGGAGAAGCUGACUGCCGAGGACAUUGACAAAGGAACGGCCUCGGACAUGAUUACAAAAAUCAAGCAUGGCGCGCGGGGUCGAUUUGCGGACAUCGAUGCUGGCCGUCGGCGCAAGGAGAAGAAAGAAUCCGCACAAGAACGCGAAAGGAUCCAGAAGCAGCGUGAGCAAGUCACAGUCGGCCCAUUGGCAGCAUAA